AUGGCUAGUUCAUUAAUACGACAUUUUGCUCGACCAAUUUUAGCAACGAGCAAAGGAUUUGUAUCUGCGGCUGCACAUCGAAAUAUACCUGCAAGUUUAGUAUUCCUUUAUCGAACUCAAGCAACAACAGAAUCAACACCAAAUGCCCCUGCUGCAAGUCUAAUACGUGUCAAUGCCGAACAACGUAAAACUUUAGUUGAUUUUGGUCAUUAUGUUGCUGAAUGUUUACCACGUUUUGUACAACAUGUACAAAUGACAUCAACAAAUGAACUUGAAAUAUUAGUUCAUCCAGAUGGAAUAUUUUCUAUUAUGGCUUUUCUUAAAGAUCAUACAAAUGCUCAAUUCAGUUCAUUAGCCGAUAUUACUGCUAUAGAUGUACCUACACGAACCUAUCGAUUUGAGGUAUAUUGA